AUGAUUGAAGAAUCGAGAGCGCUUAAUUUCAAACGCCUCUCUGCUCUUAUUCGAGAAAAAGUGAUGGAAGCAACCGAGCAAGGACUCCCGUUGUCGUACGCCAUAGUUCGGCACAUAGCUGUUCGCCUGAAUCGUGAGCACAGGCUCAUAGAGGACCUCAGGGCAUCUAAAUCGUGGAUUGCCAAAUUUGUUCGAGAAUGUGGCAUACGGAGCAGGAGGCGACUGAUUUCGUGA